CUCUCUCUUUCUCCUCUCUCUCUCUGUUUCUCCUCAGAUAUCCAGGCUCAAAGCGUCAGUCCACCAGCUGAACUCUCAGUCAGACUGGUGAAUGGGACCACUUCCUGUUCUGGGACAGUGGAAGUCUUCUACAGAGGAGAGUGGUCAGGUCUAUGUCCUAUGUGGUGGAGAAUGAAAGAGGCUAAGGUUGUUUGUAGAGAGCUGGGCUGUGGGAAUGUUGUAGCUGUAUCUAGAGGACCUCUGGUUGAAGAUGGAAGAAAAGGAGCCACACUAGGGAGUGGAUGUAGUGGAGAUGAGUCUACUAUUAGAGAGUGUGGAGUAAGACCUGCUGACUGCUAUGAGUCUGUGCAGCUUGUGGAUGGAGCUGGCUUCUGCUCUGGGAGACUGGAGGUGAAGUCCAAUCAGUCCUGGGCCUCAGUGUGUGAAGCUGACUUUGACCAGCAGGAUGCAGAGGUAGUCUGUGGGGAGCUUGGCUGUGGGGCUCCUGCAGCUCUACAGGGGGGGCUCUAUGGAGAAGGUGAGGAGGGUCAGACCUGGGAUAAAGAGUUCCAGUGUAAAGGCAAUGAGUCCCUUCUCCUGGACUGUGACACCUCAGACAGAAAAAACAACACCUGCCUACCUGGUAAUGCUGUUGGACUCACCUGCUCAGAGCCUGAUGAUGUGAGGCUGGUGGGAGGAGGCAGUCGCUGUGCUGGUGGAGUGGAGUGGUACGACCAGGGAGAGUGGAGGACUGUGGGAGCUGUAGACUGGAAGAAGGAGGGUGUAGCUGCAGUAGUGUGUAGACAGCUGGGUUGUGGCUCCACUGUUUCAGUACUACCUGGAAACACCAGUAGAGGGUUUGGAGUUUACUGUUCUUGGUCUGAGCCUUCACUGAGGGAGUGUGGGAGAAUGUAUCAUUUCCUUCCUGGACUCACAGUGAUCUGCUCAGAUGACUCCCACCAAGGGAACUACAGCUGUGUUUAUGACAAUUAUGUUUUCUCUCAUAACUUCUUCUCUGAGAGUGAGCUCCUCAACCUCACCGUCACAGCCUCUCCUCUGCCAGCCUUCAUCAUCAGACACGUUGUAGUGCUGCUGAUCCUACUGACAGCCAUCACCACCAUCUACCUGUACUACAAGACCACCAGGAGGCAGAAGAGAGUGAACAGGGUGAGCAGCAUGGAUCUUUAUGUUGAUGCCAAUGCCAUGGAGAUGGUCUCUCUGAGCUCCAGAGCUGAAGCUGGACCGGGAGAGGAGAGAGCAGCCCAGGGGACUGAGUAGGAGUAGAAUGAUGCUGACCCUACAUGCUGAUCUUAGGUCAGUUUUGUGUUUUAAAUCUAUGGUCAGCAGUGGACUGGUGUUUAAAAUGUGGUGACAAACCUUAAGUGGUUCUAAUUUUAAUAGCAUGUUCAGAAUUAG